GAAGAGCUGAGUGGCUGCAGUAGCAUUGACCACCGUUUGUCUGACCAGACACAUUGCUGCCAGACCCUCUUCAUCCAGCACAUAGGAUACGGGACUACUUGGCCCAUUAUUAACUUAUUGCCAUUAGAAUUUUGAAUUUUCUCCACAGCAUUCAUUUUUUAUUUUGUGUUGAUUUUAGAUUUGAAAAGAUUGAAGUGAUAGAUAGAUUGAUGAAUAAAUAACCAGGCCAGUUGAAGAUGAUGCACCAAUCCACUCUUGUGCUGAGGAUGACAGUUUUGCUUGUAUUGGGGCAAAUGUCUGGAACAGCAGCCGAAAUGGAUAUAAUUUACACCAAAUCUGACAUUGAAAUCGGAGUAAAAUAUAUGCUUCUGUGUAAAGCCGGUGGUGAGGGAGAUAUCACCUGGCAGAAGGACGGCAAAGAAAUCGAUGAUGAGGAAAGGGUUUCCAAAAUUGAUGAGGUGUCCUCCAAGCUGGAAAUCCAGAAUGCCACGUUGGAGGACGCGGGCAGCUACACCUGCCUGUGCACAUUUGAUAACGGAGAUCCAGAUGGUCGGACCAGUACAAAUAUAUACGUUUACGAUGGUCCGUCCUUCGGUGCCACCCAGGUGUACCAUGAGUUCCUGAUAGGACAAGAUGGCAUGGUGCCCUGCCUGGCAUCCGGCCGGCCAAAAGUGGAUGUACGCUGGUUGCGGGACGAGCAGGUGAUCCAUUCUCAAGAGGGAGACCGUGUAACACGCUUGCAGGACAACUCACUCCGCAUUAAGAACGUGAGGAAAGAUGACGCGGGCACAUACACCUGUCAGGCCACGAUCAGAGGAAGACCCAUUAAGCAGGAUAAGCAGAUCUCUGUGGUGGUCAACGCCCCACCAACGGUGACCCUAAAGGAGAAGAUAAAGAAAGUAAUGGCUGGAGCAGAUAAAAACAUCUCCUUACUGUGUUUGGUGGACGGACAACCUACACCAAACAUCUCUUGGAUCACGCCAGUACAUUCUGACCUUAGGCGUUAUCAGUUCAACUCAGACCAGAGCGAGCUGACCAUCUGCGCUGUGAGCAGGGCAGACUACGGGGAGUACAUCUGCACGGCCCGCAACAAGAUCGGAGAGAGCACCGGCACCAUUGAGCUGCACGUCUCCGAGGCCCCAGAGGUAUAUGUAAGGGCGAAGGAGGAGAAGGUGUCGUUGGGCUCCAACGUGUCGCUGCCCUGCAAUGUCACCGGUCAUCCGUUUCCACAGCUCUACUGGAUCCACAAGCAGAGCAGGAACAAUAUGGACUCGUCUGGUAGAGUGCAUGUUCGGGACGGUGUGCUGACAAUCGCGGAGGUGGCGCCCUCUGAUGGCGGUCUGUAUUCCUGCAUGGCUGUCAGCGCAUCAGGCAAUGCAUCAAGAGAUGUUGCAGUGCUCACUCAACCAGGCCCUCCUCAAGAAGUGUCUGUCACUCCAAGAGCCACCUCAUUGGUCUUUUCCCUCAAAUCCCAGCCCAUCAGUGGGGGCACACCAAUCAGCAGCUUUGUUCUGCAGUGGAGGCGGGGCUCAGCUGAAAAGUGGGAGGAGAUUGGUGUCCCAGUCUCAGAUCCCCUCGCUAUACCUUCCCUCACCCCCUACACCACCUACACCGUUCGCCUGGCCGCCAUGAACUCUGUUGGCCUGGGACAGUAUUCAACCACGCAGGAAGUACGAAGCCAGGGCAUCCAAGGCGAGCCGGACCGCCCUGUUCUUUCAUCAGAUGGGAUGAAGAUAGACGGGAACGCCCUCUCUGUCCCUGUGGCCCAGCUGGUCAGAGGCAGCUCUCCUCUCCUGCACUAUACAGUACGAUACAGAGAGGAGAAAGAAGGAGCCGGAUGGAAGGAGGAGCAGCGGCCUGCCGACACAUCCGUCAUCGCCCUCUCAGACCUGGCGUUCGGGGAAGACUAUCGCAUUGAAGUCAAGGCUGUCAAUGCAAACGGCUCCUCCAUUCCCGCUGAGCUGAGCUUCAGUGUCUCGAAGCAGCCCGCAGGCAUGACCAAAGGGGGCGUGGUGGCCAUCGUUAUGGUGAUCUUCUUGGUGCUGUUGCUUGUGGUGGAUGCCACCUGUUGCUACACCAAUAACUGUGGUCUUCUGAUGUUCAUCGCCACUAAAGUGUUUGGUCGAAAGACCCCAGGCCACAAGACAAUGGAAGAGGGAACUAAUGGUGAUCUGAAUUUAAAGGGUCUUGACAGUCCAAGAGGCAGCAUACACCAGCAACAAUCAGAGGGGAAGCUGAAGAAUGAGAUCACCUGCGACAAAGCCCCCCUCACCAAAAACGAGAAACACUUUGGAGACAUACCAACCACAGAAGCGUGAGGUUGGCCACAGGACAUAACAUCGCUCGUCAGUACGUCCCUUCCGGUAGACCGCUCGUGGGACCUAUGGGCGAGGAAAAUUAGAAUGGGAGUCAAUGGAAUUUUUUUUCUUAUUUUCUGAUCCCAGACAUUAAAUGCCUUGGAUUACGCGUAUGUUUUGUGUGGGUCCAAAUAAUAACGUUAUUCACGUAAAGAGUUUGGCCGUUUAUUGUGCAAUUUUUCAGUUAAAGGCUGUAGAGAAAACGCAACGAGAAAGACUACGUACGUCUCGAAUGUGACGUCACGCUCCCGGCGACUGGCGUGGACAAAACCUUCAAUCUCCCAAUCGGCAUAACUGAAAAUUUCCUCCCCUUGGAAAAAAGCAGUGAAGUGUAGCAGAGGGAUCGCCAUGUCCGUCCAAGAGUGGUGGUGACGUAUAUCAUUUGCGUCGAUAGCAGCGAGGGGCUGUAGUUCAAAGAACGGCCUCACACAAAACCUAAAAUCAUCAAACUUCUUUCCGAUUUUCUUUUGGUUUUCUUCGCAUUAAAAAUUAUAAUUGAAAUCCACAAGCAACAUAUGUGUAAUCCAGGGCAUAGAAAGACUGAGACCAGAAAAUAAUUACUUUCUCUCCAUUGGAACCCCUUCAUAUUUUACGAUCUCAAAGGUCCCAUGGGGGUCUACCGGAAGGGGCGGACUUACGAGCUCUAUUACAGAACCACACAUCCGGUUUCAAUGAAGGGCAUGCCUUCAUCUCUGAUUGAAAGCUUCUUCAUCCACAACAUGCCAAAUGACCCCCCCUCAGACAAUGGAGUGGCGAAGUCUCGGCACAGAGAUGGCGAUCUCUCUGCUCCACUUCACCACUUUUUUUCAAGGCGAGGAUAAAAGCAUAGAAAGAGGUGAAGACCACUAUAAGUCAGGGCAUGUGGAGAGAUUUAGUUAUGUGCCCUCUCUAUGUGCCAUCUCUGUGCCGAGUUCCAAGUGCGGGUGUGGUGACGUAUAUCAUAUGCGUCGAGAGCAGCGAAGAGCUGUAGUUCACAAAGCGGCCUCACAUAAAACCUAAAAUUAUCAAACUUCUUCACGAAAAUCUUUAGUUUUCUUUGCAUGAAAAAUUAUCAUUUAAAUCCACAAACAACAUAUGUGUAAUCCAGGGCAUAUAAAGACUGGGACCAGAAAAUAAUUAUUUUCUCUCCAUUGACACCCAUUCAUAUUUUUCGAUCUCAUAGGUCCCAUGAGCUCUACCGGAAGGGGCGUGACUUCGCCACUCUAUUCAAUUCUUGCACUCUAGACGGAACUUUUUCAACAGUGGGCAUGAAUGAUAUGUGGUUUUAUUGAAACCCGGGCUUUUAAAAUACAUGAAUCAUGCAUUUGAACAAAAGCAAAAAAGGCUGUCUAUUGUAUAUGUUUAUACAUAACAAAACAAUUUAUUUAUUGACUGUUUCUGAUCCUGCAGGAUUACGAUCUUUCAGAUGGGUUUCUGACUUUUCUGUUGUUCUUGCAACAGUUAGCUAAUAUAGAACAGAAUUAUCUUACAUUGAAGUGAUGUGAUGUUAUGUUUCUUUCCAUACCAAUAUUUCAUAUUAUUACACUAAAAGGUGCAUAACAAUUUGGAUCAUGUCCAAAAAAACAUUUUUUGUUUGUAAAAGCUGAACCUGUUGCUUUUGAUUUGCAAUGCAAUGUUAUAGCAGCUCAACAUAUUUAAAGAUGAAUGUGCCCUGAUGACGUUCUAUUUUAGCAAUUGAAUAAUUUACUAUUAUUGCCUUGAACAUUGUAAGCCUGAAUGGCUUGUAAAUACACAUUUUUUUUUACAGCUUCAUAUGUUUCAGAAAUAAAUAAAAAAAAAAAAAAAAAACGAGUCAUUUUUGCUCAGAAAAUGAAUAUUGCUAUUCCAAACCCUAUAAUAUUGAAGUCUUUGAAACACAAAAAGCUUCAACAUGAACCGUCCUAGCAGAUCUAGAGAGCCUACUGUUAGACUCU